AUGAUGCACACAAGUGGACUGCCAAAGUUCCUGUGGGGAGAAGUGAUCAUCCACACUAUUUGGUUGAAGAACAGACAUUCAACACACUCACUAGAUAACAAGACUCCCUUUGAGAUGCUCUUCAAGAAGAAACUGGACCCAUCAAACCUACCAGUAUGGGGCUGCCAAGUCUGA